AUGCAGACUAAAAUCAUCAUCUGUCAUACUUAUUACCUCAGCCAAGAAAUCCUACAAAAAGCAAAAGAAAAUGGAAUCAAAAUUGAUCUUGAUGAUCAUAUCCACGAGCAAGAAAUUGAAGCGUACAUUCACGACGGAACCACAUAUCAACUUCGAUAUCGAAUAAUCGAGCAAAUCAAAAUCCAAUUCGUCUGUGAAAUCCAAUACGAGAAACUUAAAAGUUUCUUCCAAAUCGACGGAACUAAUAUUCUAAAACUAUAUCUAAAGAAUUAUAUUCACGAAUGGAUCAACUAUCAUCAACACAGAAUACCAGCCUCAGAAGAUAGUCAAAGAAGUAUUUUUUAUCAUAUUAAAAGAAAAUGCCCAGUUGAAGCUCGAGAUCAUUUCUUAAAUGAAUAUUUGAGACAACUCAAUAAAGAUAUAUAUUAUUUCAGAGAGCAAUAUAUUCAGCCCAUCUAUGAUAACACUGCGACUGAAUUAUUUGAAAUAAAAAAACAACAAAGAAAUGAAAGUUCUCUAUUUGCGUCCAGCUCGGAAGGAUCGAAUAAGGAUAUCAACGAAGAACAAUUCGAUCACGAAUUGACUACAUUAAUAGAAAGGAUUUCAACACCAAUCAUCAGCCAGGAAAUAUUCGAUCAAUCUAACGAUUCACUUGAAAAUCUGUCUAAAUUUGAUAAAUUCGCAAAGAAAAAUGCAGAAUUAAUAGUGAGAAUACAAAAUGAAAUAAACAAAUUAAAAGCAAUGACUACCUUUAACCAAACUGAUGAAUGGGAAAAUCCUUUUGUAAGAGAAGAAAUUGGAUUCCGAACAGAAGAGGAAGAAAACAAUCAAUGUUUUCAGCAAUCAAGCUUCGCUAAGGAAGCAAAUCAAGAAAGCCGACUAUCAGAUUCAGAAUCGAUAGAUAAACCUUCCAAACAGACAUCGAGUAAAGAAAAACAAAAAUACCAAGAGGAAAGUUCAAAAAAGAAUAAUAAGAAACAUAAUAAAAAUUCAAAAAAUUCACCACCAGACUCAGGAUCAGAUUCAUCUGACACAGACAAACUAAGAAAAUUCAGUAUUCCCAAAUUUUCUCAGAAUGUACCAACCAAUGCCACUCACAUCUUAAAGGAACACAAAAUUCCAUUAUUUUAUGAAGACGACGAUGAAGAAGAUCCAACUGAAUGGUUACAAGACUUGAUAAAAGUGUUGCAGCUUGUUGGGCUAGAUAAAAAGCUACAGAAAAAAGUGUUUAGUACAAGAAUUAACACCCUUACUGAAGCUUAUAAAAAAGCAAAAGAAACCAAAAUAAUGCUUAUCUAUAAUGAUUUCACCACCAGCGUUAAUGCAGUAUUGGAUGAUGAAAUGGAAAAUGCUGACAGAAGAAGAAUAAAAUAUUUGGAGAAAACCAUCCAAAUAUUGGUAGCUGAACAGAAAGAAAAUCAGCAUAUCGAAAGACCAACGGAUGAUAAAAAGAAAUGCCAUUAUUGUGGAAGAAAAGAACAUUUGAUGCGAGAAUCAACAUCACGUAUUACUCAAAGAACUUAUCUUAACAUAGAACCAACGGAGGAUGAUUCUACUAUUGAAGAAUCUGAUAAAGGAUCCGAAACAGAAACUGAAGAAUCCAAUAACAAUUCUAUUAUGGCUUUA